CCGGCUCCGGCUCCGGCUCCGGGCUUGCUGUCAGGAAGGAGUACCUUUUGCUUUUGCGGGGUGAGGGUGUGAUUUGUCCGGCUCCAACCUCAGAGGCCGCCUGUAACUACUCUGCGCUCUCGUUCGUGCGUCCAUUCAGGCCUCCGUGCACGCAUUGAAUGUAUACGUUGAGGGAUUACAACAAUAAUUGAUGCCGGGCGCUGGUUGGGUUCCAGGCGGCGUGCUAAGAGCUGCGCAUAGCGUACCUCUUUUAACCCUCACACCAAUCCCAUGGCACAAAGGAUAAUGCCUAUAAAGCUAUGCAAGAAUCACAGGAAACCCACAUAUCCAAGUACUUAGACGAAAUUGUGGCUGCUGUCAGCAUCACGCCGGGAAAGAAGUUCGCCAGCAGGCUGCCUCAUUCGGUCCUCUUCCAGCCUCCGCGAGAGCAACUCCAGCUCUGCGAAGACAAAGCAAAGUUCUACUCCAGCCGGCACGAGUAUAAGCAGGCGAUCCAGGAGCUCGUGCGCUGCGUAGCGUUGACCAGGAUCUGCUAUGGCAGCUGCCAUUGGAAACUAGCAGAGGCGUAUGUUAAUUUGGCUCAAGGCUACCUCCAGCUGAAAGGAACGUCCCUGCAGGCCAAACACCAUGCAGAGAAAGCCAGAGAAAUCCUCACCAACUCCAUCAUGCCUUCCUGUGAUGACAACACGGCUGUUUUCAGGUGUUCCGUUGAGCUAUUCCAUACCCUGGGGAGAGCCCUACUCUCCCUUCAGAAAUUUAAGGAGGCCGAAGAGAACUUGGCAAAAGCAGAGAGGCUUUCAAAGGAGCUGCUGCGAUGUGGAAGGAUCGUGAAGGAAGAGUGGAUAGAAACCCAAGCUCGCAUCAAACUGUCAUUCGCACGGAUGUAUCGGGGCCGGAGGAAAUCCAAGGAAGCCCUGCCCUACUACCAAGAGGCAUUAGAACACACGGAGAGCAGCAAAGGGGAAAAGAGUCUCGAAUGUGUGCCGGUGCUGAGGGAACUGGCGGGCGCAGAACGGGCCCUGAGACUCCACGACGCGUCCAUCAACCACUUCCUACAGCGGGCGAUCUGCGCAUCUCAUCGUCCUGAGCGCAGAGCCGUCCGGAGAGGAGGCAGCGGAGUCCGCGCACUGUGUCGCCCGCGCCGCCGCGGCGUCCGGGAGGCCCGAGCACCACGAUGUGGCCGAGCGGUACUUCCGAGAGAGCCUGGCUCACCUGAAGGAUGCGGAAGGGAUGGGGAAAGCCAAGUUUCUCUCGGUUCAAGACGAAUAUUGCCAUUUUCUGCAAGGCGCUGGGCAAGAGGAGAAAGCGACCUCCAUCCUGAGGGAGUCCCUGGAGGCCAAAGUGGGGGCGUUUGGUGAUCUCAGUCCUGAGGUGGCGGAGACCUACCGGCUCCUGAGCGGCGCCGACCUGGCGCAGGGGAACCACAGCGGGGCCCACAAGAAACUG